CCAACCCUUGACAGCUUCUAGUCAUUUUUUGCUGCUCCACAUACCCAACAUAUACACCCUCCUCUCUUCCUUCCUGCCCUCGCUCCAUUCCUCCACUCCUUCAUUCCUCCGCUCCUCCUUUUCUUUCCUACUCUUGCUUCUCUCCUUCCUUCUUGUUAAACCAAAAAGACCGCAUAAUUCGCAAUGGAGCGCUACCAAGCACUCGAAAAGAUUGGUGAGGGCACCUACGCGACCGUGUACAAGGGCAAGAACCGGUCGAAUGGCGAUGCAGUCGCCCUCAAGGAGAUCCGACUCGAUUCUGAAGAAGGCGCACCCUCGACGGCCAUCCGCGAGAUCUCACUGAUGAAGGAAUUACGCCAUCCCAACAUUGUCCGACUGCACGAUGUCAUCCACACUGAGAACAAGCUGACGCUCGUCUUUGAGUAUAUGGACCAGGACCUUAAAAAAUACAUGGACCAGCACGGUAACCGGGGCGCACUCGGCCAUAUCGUCAUCAAGGCCUUUAUGUACCAGCUUCUCAAGGGCGUCGCCUUCUGCCACGAGAACAGGGUCCUGCAUCGGGAUCUCAAGCCCCAGAACCUGUUGAUUAACCGCAAGGGAGAACUCAAGCUGGGCGAUUUCGGACUCGCAAGAGCCUUUGGUAUUCCUGUCAACACCUUCUCGAACGAGGUCGUCACCCUUUGGUAUCGUGCGCCUGAUGUGUUGCUUGGAUCAAAGACGUACUCGACAUCGAUCGACAUUUGGUCUGCAGGGUGUAUCAUGGCAGAAAUGUACCUUGGACGCCCUUUAUUCGCAGGAUCAAACAACCAGGAUGAGCUCAUGAAGAUCUUCAAGGUGAUGGGCACACCCACAGAGGAGACAUGGCCCGGGGUCUCGAAGUUAUCGGAGUACAGGAAGGAUUUCCCAUACUACCCACCCAAGCCUCUAUCAUCCGUCGUCCCGAUGAUCGACACGUUUGGUAUGGACCUCUUGAUGCAGAUGCUGAUCUACCAACCCCAGAGGCGGAUCACGGCCAAGGAUGCGUUGAACCAUGUGUACUUUAACGAUAUCCGGGGGUACGCGAAUCUUCAGCAGCAACAGCAACAACAACAACAACAGCAGCAGCAGGCACAGAUGAAUGGACAGAUGAUGCCGCAGCAACAGCCACCGCAGCAGGGCGCACCGAUCUCGUCAAGUUCUCAGCAGCAACAUGUGUACCAACAACAGCCACAGAUUCCGCAGCAACCGCCGUUGCCGUACCAGGCUGUACAGAUGCAGCAGCAGCAGAUUAUGCAGCAACAACAGAUGCAGCAGCAACAACAGCAGCAACAGCAGCAGCAACAGGCCUAUUCUCAACAGCAACAGAUGCAUGCGAUGCCUCCACACCACUAGACAACAAGAAGCGUUAUGGACAAUCCUCGUUGCGGUUGGUCGCCAUUAUUUCCGAAGAAGAAGAAGAAGAACAAAAAGAAAAGAAAAAAGCAAAUAAACAAUAAAAAAAGAAACGAAAAAAGAAACAA